CCCCUCCCCCUUCCCGGAACCGGAAGCCGCCCACACCAAUCUCCCCCUCUCCUUCCAGCGCCCCCUCCUGGCGUUCCUUUGGGCUCUCUUCCCUUCCAUUCAUCUUCAGCCUCGCAUCUCCUCAGCCACGCUGUGUUUCCAUUUGAAUGCCUGCUCUGGACCAUCACCACCCCCACCAGCAGCAUGUCUGAACUCAAAGACUGCCCCCUUCAGUUCCACGAUUUUAAGUCCGUGGACCACCUCAAAGUGUGUCCCCGCUACACCGCUGUCUUGGCCCGCUCGGAAGAUGAUGGGAUUGGCAUUGAAGAACUCGACACCCUGCAGCUGGAGCUGGAAACGCUGCUGUCUUCUGCCAGUCGACGGCUUCGUGUGUUGGAGACAGAGACACAGAUCCUGACAGAUUGGCAAGACAAGAAAGGGGACAGGCGCUUUCUGAAGCUGGGAAAGGAGCAUGAGGUGGGCACACCUAUCAAACAUGGAAAACCCAAAAAGCAGAAACUAGAAGGCAAAGGAGGCCACAGCACAGGACAGGGCCCUGGCCGGCCUAAAUCCAAGAACAUACAGCCUAAAAUCCAAGAGUAUGAAUUCCCAGAUGACCCCAUUGAUGUGCCUCGUAUUCCCAAAAAUGAUGCCCCUAAUAGGUUCUGGGCCUCAGUUGAGCCAUAUUGUGCUGACCUCACUAAUGAGGAGGUACGUACCUUAGAAGAUCUCCUCAAGCCUCCUGAAGAUGAAGCUGAACACUACAAGAUCCCACCCCUGGGGAAGCAUUAUUCCCAGCGUUGGGCCCAGGAGGACAUGUUAGAAGAGCAGAAGGAUGGGGCUAGGGCAGCAGCUGGUGCUGACAAAAAAAAGGGCAUCUCUGGACCACUGACAGAACUGGACACUAAAGAUGUUGACGCCUUGCUGAAGAAGUCAGAAUCCCAGCAUGAACAGCCUGAAGAUGGCUGCCCCUUUGGACCCCUGACCCAACGCCUCUUGCAAGCACUAGUAGAAGAGAACAUCAUUUCCCCUGUUGAAGAUUCCCCUAUUCCUGAAAUAGCAGGCAAAGAUUCUGCAACUGAUGGAGCUAGCACUUCCCCCCGUAGCCAGAACAAGCCCUUUAGCGUACCCCACACCAAAUCUCUGGAAGGCCGCAUAAAAGAAGAGCUGAUUGCUCAAGGUCUGUUGGAGUCAGAGGACCGACCUGCAGAGGACUCGGAGGAUGAAGUGUUAGCUGAGCUGCGAAAGAGGCAGGCUGAACUCAAAGCCUUGAGCACACACAACCGAACUAAGAAAGUGGAACUCCUUAGGUUGGCCAAGGAGGAGAUGCAUCGGCAGGAGCUGCGGCAGCGUGUGCGCAUGGCAGACAACGAAGUCAUGGAUGCCUUCCGCAAGAUAAUGGCAGCACGCCAGAAAAAGCGCACCCCAACCAAGAAGGAGAAGGACCAGGCGUGGAAGAGCCUCAAGGAACGCGAGAGCAUCCUUAAACUACUUGAUGGCUAAUGGUGCCAUCUUUGGACAAAAAUGGCAGGCUCCUCCAUUUGAACCAUAGUAUGAGAGGUGUUGGUUGCAAAGUCAGACUUCAGCAUCUCCCUUGGUUGGCUCAUCAGCAUCCUCUUUGGCCAUGUUGUAGUCAAGAAAUCCAGGCAAGAUUUGGCUUCACACACAAUGGUGAGAGGGGAACCUGGAACAUUGAGAGGUGGUAAUCCCACCUUUCAUCUUUGACGAGACCUUUUGUUGUGCUGGUUAACCUCUACACAGGACUUUUGCAUCUCAUUGACUGGUGUUCGAGACAAGAGCAUAAACUGGGAAGUGGGUUUAAGGGAUUGCCUUGGAUUGUUUUAAUUUUUUUCCAUUUCAGCUACUGCCUGCUUUCUGCAGGCAGCUGGAGAGGCUACAAGCACAAUUAAUGCCAUAUGCAGGAGCAAAAUUCUCUAACUGCCCGAAUGCCACACAUAUGGAAACAAACUGUUUAUUGACCCUUACCUGCACUAAGGCAUGCCCUAAUCCAAUAAGUUUUGGACCUAAGCGUGCAUUAAAGUGGCCAGUGAAACUCCAAAA